UUGGUCUUGGUACAGCACCUUUACUUCCACUCACUGUCAGCCACACACACUCUCUCUCUCUCUAUGUGUCUCUUGUUUAUUCGACUCCACCAGCGCCAGUAACGCCACCACCACUGCCAGCACUUCUUAGUGGGGAAACACUAGCACAGACCAGUUCACGCACUCUUCUUUGUGUGAGAAAGUGAAUUGUACCUUUUUGCUUUUCUGGGUUCCUGAUCAUGUUUUAACCUCUAGGAAGAGUCUUGAACUUCUUGGGGUCCUUUCUGUGUUCUUGUUCUUCUUCUAGUUGCAAUGGCUCUCUGUGCAUUCUCAUUUCCUGCCCACGUCAACCAGGCAACAUCUCCUGACGCUCAAAGAUCACCUUCGUUCUCAUCUCACUUUACUCGGGGAGCAAAUCUGUUAUGCCCAUCUCAGGAAAAGCUCCAUCAUGUACAGGUCAGGAAAAGGCCAGGAGGAAUUUUUGCAUCACUAUCAGAGAGGGGGGAGUAUCAUUCACAGAGACCACCGACUCCACUCUUGGACACAAUAAACUAUCCGAUUCACAUGAAAAAUCUAUCAACUAAGGAGUUGAAACAACUUGCUGAUGAACUGCGGUCAGAUGUCAUCUUUAAUGUUUCCAGAACUGGAGGUCACCUAGGCUCGAGCCUGGGUGUUGUCGAGCUCACUGUGGCUCUCCAUUACGUCUUUAAUGCUCCUCAAGAUAAGAUAUUAUGGGAUGUUGGUCAUCAGUCUUACCCACACAAGAUCCUGACUGGGAGAAGAGAUAAGAUGCACACUAUAAGGCAGACAAAUGGGUUAUCAGGAUUCACAAAGCGCUCGGAGAGUGAAUUCGAUUGCUUUGGUACCGGCCACAGUUCUACCACCAUCUCAGCAGGACUGGGAAUGGCUGUAGGGAGGGAUCUAAAGGGAAGAAAUAAUAAUGUAGUUGCUGUUAUUGGUGAUGGCGCCAUGACAGCGGGGCAAGCUUAUGAAGCCAUGAACAACGCCGGUUACCUUGAUUCUGACAUGAUUGUUAUUCUCAACGACAAUAAACAGGUUUCUUUACCUACUGCUAGUCUAGAUGGGCCCAUACCACCUGUGGGAGCUUUGAGCAGUGCUCUCAGUAGGUUGCAAUCUAACAGGCCUCUUAGAGAAUUAAGAGAGGUUGCCAAGGGAGUUACAAAACAAAUUGGUGGUCCAAUGCAUGAACUGGCUGCUAAAGUAGAUGAAUAUGCUCGUGGAAUGAUCAGUGGCUCUGGAUCAACUCUGUUCGAAGAGCUUGGACUCUAUUAUAUAGGUCCUGUUGAUGGUCACAACAUCGAUGAUCUAGUUGCUAUUCUCAAAGAGGUCAAAAGUACUAAAACAACAGGUCCGGUUCUGAUCCACGUUGUCACUGAGAAAGGCCGAGGAUACCCGUAUGCAGAAAAAGCAGCAGACAAGUAUCAUGGAGUGGCCAAAUUUGAUCCAGCAACUGGAAAGCAAUUCAAGUCCAAGGCUCCUACACAGUCAUACACAACAUACUUUGCAGAAGCUUUGAUUGCAGAAGCAGAAGUGGACAAAGAUAUUGUUGCAAUCCAUGCUGCAAUGGGAGGUGGAACAGGCUUGAAUCUCUUCCUUCGCCGUUUCCCAACAAGAUGCUUUGAUGUUGGGAUAGCAGAACAGCAUGCUGUUACCUUUGCCGCAGGUCUGGCCUGUGAGGGCAUCAAACCAUUCUGUACAAUCUACUCAUCUUUCAUGCAGAGGGCUUAUGACCAGGUAGUACAUGAUGUGGAUCUGCAGAAGUUGCCAGUGAGAUUUGCAAUGGACAGAGCUGGGCUGGUUGGAGCAGAUGGUCCCACACAUUGUGGGUCUUUUGACGUCACCUUUAUGGCCUGCCUCCCCAAUAUGGUGGUCAUGGCUCCUUCUGAUGAGGCAGAGCUGUUUCACAUGGUUGCCACUGCUGCUGCAAUAGAUGACCGGCCCAGUUGUUUCCGCUACCCAAGAGGGAAUGGGAUUGGUGUUCAGCUACCAACGGGGAAUAAGGGCAUUCCUAUUGAGGUUGGAAAAGGCAGGAUACUGCUAGAAGGGGAAAGAGUGGCACUCUUGGGCUAUGGAACAGCAGUUCAAAGCUGUUUGGGUGCGGCAUCUUUAGUGGAAUCCCAUGGCUUAAGUCUAACAGUUGCAGAUGCACGCUUUUGCAAGCCAUUGGAUCGUGCCCUUAUUCGCAGUCUAGCAAAAUCACAUGAGGUCUUGAUUACGGUUGAAGAAGGAUCAAUUGGGGGAUUUGGGUCUCAUGUUGCUCAGUUCAUGGCCCUUGAUGGCCUUCUUGACGGCAAAACAAAGUGGAGACCUCUGGUCCUGCCUGAUCGGUACAUUGACCAUGGAUCGCCUUCUCACCAACUGGCGGAAGCUGGUCUUACACCAUCUCAUAUCGCAGCAACAGUGUUCAACAUACUUGGGCAAACAAGAGAGGCACUGGAGAUCAUGUCAUAAGAAAUUUUACAAAGAGAAGUAUCGAUGAUCGAGCGUGUAAAAAGAAAAGAAGAAAGCUAUUGAAGCUGGCCUAUAGCAUGCAGCUUGGUCAAUUGAUCAAGUGAUCAGGUGUGGACCGUUUGGCAAUCCAGUUCUUAGCAUUCAAGGUAUAAAUCAGGCCUAUAUUUCAUUUAUAGUCACAAAAUAAAGGAUCAUUCUCAGCUGGUAACCUACAACUUGCGUCCAAAUUUUGUAAGUGUGUCGAAUAGGCCGCACUGCAUCUCUAACAAGCUCAUGUAGGCCGCCAGUGCGCCACCUUCAAAUUAUUAACUGCAUGCAAGCACGCCGAUGAUCAAAUGAUCAUAUCAGCAGCCAGCCCAUCUAAGAAAAGUGCAAUGUGAAUAUAUAUAGGAAAAGAAAAUACUAUAUAUAUACAUGUAUUUAUAUAUAGCUCUUAUGUGUUCGGCC